AUGGGGAAGAAGAGCGAUGGAUGGAAUGUGCACGACAGGGAAACGCUGCAAACGACAGUGCGGGCCGGUCGGAUCGGUCGAGAGAAGGUGUGUGCGUGGGGGUGGGGGGAGGCAGGGAGUCAGCAUGGGCCACUAGCUUCCGUGCAGCUCACAACGGCGCGGGGCACAAAACGGGUGUUUGAAAGUGGAAUUGUCGAGGAUGACAAUGCUGGCGACGAGGAUGCGUCUCACCGCAUGGGUCGUGGCACCACCAGCGUGAUGGUAGCCUCGCGGGGCAACGCCGAGUCUCGACUCGCGUGUGCUUCUGCGCCGUCGUACGCGGGGAACUCGCUGUGCAUUUCCACUCGGCGUGUAGCAUCGGUUGGAGGCUUAGCGAUACAAGGAGCUGCACGUACCAAGUGUCUUUUUGCCACUCUCUGUACCUUGUGGGGCGUCGCUGGCUUUUGUCUUUUGUGGCCUUUUGGCUUUCCUUCUCUCGCCGUUCUGGCUGUAUCUGCGGCCUUGUGCUUUUUCUCCUUUUUGCUGGCCAUUUGGGUUGCAGCUGUGAAUUUGUGCCGGAAAGCAGGGUGA